AUGAGCGCAAACCGCGGUGCCAAAAUCGGCCUUAACUGGCUCGAGCGCUCCCGCGCCCAACGCAUCGCAUGGGUAAUGGAGGAGCUGAAUCUCGAAUACUCCAUCCAGCCCUUCAAGCGCAACCCGACAGGCACUGCACCCGCAGAAUUGAAAAAGAUUCACCCUCUUGGCAAAUCGCCCACAGUGUCUAUCCAGCCGCCCUCUCCGACCUCCAAACCUAUUAUUCUGGCCGAGACAAGCCCGAUUAUGAACUACUUAGUUGAGCAUUUUGCCGAUGAAGCCACAAGCACCAAGCUCAUUCCUAGAAAAUAUGAGCCCGGAAAGGAAAAAGAGCUAGGCGGUGAAACGGAGGCUUGGAUGCGACAUGAAUUUUAUGACAGCUAUGUGGAGGGGAGUUUGAUGAGCGUUUUGCAGAUCAAAUUAGUUUUUGACGCGCUGCAAAACGCACCUAUUCCAUUCUUUCUGAAGCCCAUAACAAACUUUAUCGCAUCAAAAGUCAGUUCUGAGUUCCUGGACAAUGAGUUCAAGACUCAUUUCGGAUUUCUGGAAGAGCAGCUUGCUACGGCGCCAGAUGGGGGGCCGUACAUGUGUGGAAAAGAUCUCACGCUUGCGGAUAUCCAGUUGAGUGUGCCGGUGUCUAUGGGGUUUGCGUUGGGGUUAUUAUCGAGGAGCGAGUAUCCUCUGUUGCAUGGGUAUGUGGAGAGAUUGAAGAGGGAACGGGGAUACAAGAGGGUGGUGGAGAGGGCGAGUGAAGUUGGGGAAGGUGCUAUGUUGGAGUGA